UUUGCAUCCUCCUCUCCUGUCCUCUGCUCACUCUCUCUGAGCUCCGUCUGUCUCUCUCCUCCUCCUCCUCCUCUUCAUCUGCUAGUUGCUCUCCCAGUCAACCUUGAGAGAGAUCUCCUGAGGCAUCUUCCUCUGAACAUCUGCAGCAGCCCUUCACCUGAAGAAACCAUAAGUUUGUUUUUCUUUUCCUUGAGGUUUGUGAAACACUGAGACCCAGCCGUCGCCAUGGAGGCCAUCAAGAAGAAGAUGCAGAUGCUGAAGCUGGACAAGGAGAACGCCAUCGACAGGGCAGAGCAGGCUGAGUCUGACAAGAAGGCAGCAGAGGACAAAUCCAAGCAGCUGGAGGAUGAGCUGCUGGCUCUGCAGAAGAAACUGAAGGGAACAGAGGACGAGCUCGAUAAGUACUCGGAGGCCCUGAAGGAUGCUCAGGAGAAACUGGAGCUGUCCGAGAAGAAGGCCACAGAUGCGGAGGGCGAUGUGGCAUCCCUGAACCGCAGGAUCCAGCUGGUGGAGGAGGAGCUGGACCGCGCUCAGGAGAGACUGGCCACUGCUUUGCAGAAGCUGGAGGAGGCCGAGAAGGCUGCGGAUGAGAGCGAGAGAGGUAUGAAGGUGAUUGAGAACAGAGCCAUGAAAGAUGAGGAGAAGAUGGAGAUCCAAGAGAUGCAGCUCAAAGAAGCCAAACACAUCGCUGAGGAGGCAGACCGCAAAUACGAGGAGGUUGCUCGUAAACUGGUGAUCCUGGAGGGCGAGCUGGAGAGGGCAGAGGAGAGGGCAGAAAUUGCAGAGCUUAAGUGUGGGGACCUGGAAGAAGAGCUGAAGAACGUCACCAACAACCUAAAGUCACUAGAGGCUCAGUCUGACAAGUACUCUGAGAAAGAAGACAAAUACGAGGAGGAGAUCAAACUCCUGAAUGACAGACUUAAGGAGGCUGAAACCCGUGCAGAGUUUGCAGAGAGAUCAGUGGCCAAGCUUGAAAAGACCAUAGAUGACUUAGAAGGGUCCCUAACAAAAGCAAAAGAGGAAAACCUAGAAAUGCACCAAGUCCUGGACCAAACACUGCAAGAGCUGGGUAGCUUGUAAAAUGCCAAGAAGAACAUCAAACAAUAAAUAAAAAAACAACCUUUUUUGUAAAAGAUAUUUUCUAAAUGCCAUCCAUUGUCUGUAAUUUCACUCUUAUUACUGGUAGCUAAAACACAUGUACCCCUUUUUAUAUAUUUAUGGUUCUUUUGUUUCUUUCCCUUUUUUAAAAACUGGUUUUGGGUCCACAUGAUAGUCGGUGUUAGUGAGGGAAAUUGUGUUUCAAACCAAACUCUUAGCACAAAUAAAAGUGAUGAUGAGGCUGAU